UGCAGAUAUUCUAGUAUCUGACGUCAAUGUAUGUACAAUGUAUAUAUAUGUAUUUAUAUAUAUAGUGUUUUUACAUUGCACCCGAUCCAGAGUAACAAUCAUUUUUUUCUUCUUUACAUUUGUGACAACAGUCUUGAAUCGUGAACAACCUUGUUGCUACUGGUAUCUGUUGAUCAGGAGGAAACAAUCUGAGCACAAUGAAAUCAGCAGAGACCGCUGGGAAGAAAUUACACUGGCUGACAAACUUGUCUUUAAUGAACUUAAUUAAAGUAAACUUGGCAGGCGAAAAAUCUUCUCAAGAGAAAACAAAUCACAAGCCAUAAGAGGAAUCCUGUUUUCAUGAAGCCGUCCGUGUCAUUCUCUCCUAUUCAAAUACAAGACACCGGUCAAGAGAGAUUAGACGAGAGUGCCCCUCAACAUGUUUUAUUUACCGCUGUCUUCACGGGUCACCGCAACCCGUCACGAAACCAGAAUCUCCAAGCUCGUUAUCACGAGAAAGUCUACAGAUGCUGGAAAUCCAAAGCAACGCACACACAAAAUGCUGGAGGAACUCAGCAGGUCAGGCAGCAUCCAUAGGAAAGAGCCAACAGUCGAUGUUUCUGGCCGAGACCCUUCAUCAGGGCUGGGUUCCCGCUGCUGCCCAGCCUCUCUAGGCAAUGUUCAUUACUCAUUUCUGUUUAGAAACUGCAGAUGCUGGAAAUCUGAAAUAAAAACAGAAAAUCCUGGAAACUCUCAACGGGUCUGGUAGAUAUUGAAACCGUUAACGUUCCGGGUGUGUGACGCUCGUUGCUGGCCAUUGCAUCGUCUGAUGAUCUGCACACAUCCCCCCGACAGAAGCAAUGCCACCCUAUCGUAUCAAGAAGCACAUCCUCCCCACAGUUGGGAGCUGUGGGGAGAGGCCGACAUGCCACGCACCACAGAUCACUCCCCUACCCUGAACCGAGUGCGGAGGCUCCGAACGGCUCUCCAGCUCAUCCCUUCACUCACCAGUCUGUGAAUACGGUGCAUCAUUCGCUGGGUCGCUUGACGUCAAUGGGAUAGAUUCCCAUUGAGAAGCCCGGCCAAGAUCCAGCCAGUCAGCUGUGAGAUAGCACUCCCGUGUGUGUGGACCCAGCCGCUUCGGAUCUCAUCUCAACGAUCUUUUAAAAUACCGGGGGAAUUGAACAGCGACGCCCCGAAGGAGCAAUUAGGACGGGACGUUAUUCGGGGGGAAAGUUUAUAAAAUGCUAUUGUUGCAGCCCUCACUGUUCCUGUGCUUGGUGAGCAGUUCCUUAACGACCCCUUCUCGCGGUGACCUCUACACCUCCAUUGUCAACAUCCAGGGAGAAAUCGGCGUGGAAAAGAAACUUCUGCAAAACUUACAGGUUUACAUCGAAAAUGAGAUCUAUAGAAUGGACGACCUAAAGCGAUUUUAUGAAAAAGUAAAAACACUGCAUAACAAUGUAUACCAGGAAUCGGUGACAGCAAUAUCAAAUCCUCUGUUUGCCUACACCCUUAUAAAGAGGCUGCGGGUGGACUGGCAAAAUAUUGUAUACAGCAAUGAAGCCAUUGAAAACACUCAAGCACUCAAGGCUGCUUUUGAGAAAAUCGAGGAGCAACUCCCAAAACAUGAGGACCUCAAGGGAGCUGCCAAGGGUUUGAUGAGACUGCAGGAUGUGUAUGCCCUAAGCACAAAGGGUCUGAUCAAAGGGGAGUUCCUACAGAUAGCUGGAAGAGAGGUUUCCAGUAUCUACAGGCCAGACCUAUCCAGCAGCCUUUCAGCAGAUGACUGUUUUCAAAUUGGAAAGGUUGCCUAUGAUUCAGAAGACUAUUAUCACUCAGUUAUUUGGCUAGAGGAAGCUGUCAAUCUUUUCCGGCAAAGUAUCGGAGUCUGGAAUACUGAAGAUGAAGGAAGUCUUGAGGAUGCCCUGGAUUACCUGGCUUUUUCUCAUUAUAUGAUGGGAAACGUUGGUCAUGCUGUGAAACUAUCUAAAGAACUGAUACAGCUUGAUGCAAACAAUAGAAGAGUUGCCAAGAACAUAUUGAAGUAUCAGAAAAUGUUGGGGACCUCUGCAGAUGCUCAACCAAAGGAAUUUGUGCUUCGGAGGCCGAAUACGACUUACCUGUUGACCAGGGAUAUCUAUGAAUCACUGUGCCAGAAGUUAGGCUCCCAGCCAAAGCACUAUCAAGACUCAAACCUUUAUUGCUCCUAUGAGUCAAACCUCAGUCCAUAUUUGAUUCUCCAGCCUGUGAAAAGAGAGAUUAUAAGCCAGAAGCCAUAUGUUGUACUGUACCACAACUUUAUCAGUGAUUCGGAGGGAAAGAGGAUAAAGGAGAUUGCUGCUCCCUGGUUGCAGAGGUCAGUGGUGGCCUCAGGAGAGAAGCAAACUGCGGUGGAAUAUCGGAUCAGUAAGAGUACCUGGUUGAAAGAAACAGUGGACCCAGUGAUCAGUAAGCUGGAUCUACGGAUCGCCCACCUCACAGGUUUAAAUGUGCAACAGCCUUACGCAGAGUAUCUGCAGGUAACGAACUAUGGGAUUGGAGGUCACUACGAGCCACACUUCGACUAUGCAACGUCACCGAACAGUUCACUGUACAGGUUGAAAUCUGGAAACAGAGUGGCGACAUUCAUGAUAUAUUUGAGCGGAGUUGAAGCCGGAGGGGCAACCGCUUUUAUCUAUGCAAACUUUAGUGUUCCUGUUGUCAAGAACGCAGCACUAUUUUGGUGGAACCUCCACAAAAAUGGAGAAGGCGACGCAGACACACUACAUGCUGGCUGCCCGGUGCUGGUUGGAGAUAAGUGGGUGGCUAACAAAUGGAUCCGAGAACAUGGGCAGGAGUUUCAAAGAAGGUGUGGAGCUGACCCGAAUGAGUAAGAAACCCAUCUGUAACGGGCCCUCUUGGAGUGCAAGAACCUGUGCUGUACGUGGAGAAGAGUGGCAGCACGUGUUUCUGAAGGAAUCUGAGAAUGAGGAAACAAGGCCUGCAGCCAAACCUGCUUUAGGACUGAUUGCUGUCAGAGGAAUGGAGUUGAGCAGCUGUUAAACUCCAGGCAAUAAAACUCUUCAUCUGUGCAAAUCAUUCACCGUCAGAACCACAGAAUUCAUUGUUCCAUAUAUCCAUUUAUUCUGUCUCUGAAUGCCGUCAGGACACAAAUUCCUGCUGAAGGCAAUUUAAGAUCAAGUUCACCAAACAGAAUCAACAGUGAAAAGUAAAAUGAACUAUUUUCCCAGGGCAGGAAAAAGAAAGAGAAAACCUUGAAUAAAUAAGAAUGGUGAGAUUAAUUUGUAAAAGAAACUCACUAAAACAUACUUAAAUAGAUGAACUGCUAUCAUACAUUUCUGAGGAUAAUUUCCAUGGGAAAUCAAAUAUGAAAUGAAGAACUGGAAGAAAGCUUUUUUAAAAGAAAAAUAACAUUAAAUGUCUUCAAUAAUAUAAGAAAAGCAAUUUGAUUUUGUGAUACACAUCUUGGCCCUCGAUCUUGCCUUCAACCUUGCCUUGAAAAAGUAUGUCAAGGAAGAUAUUGAAUUUAUCAUUGCUUUUUUUUGUCACUGUAGUUUUAUUAUUCCCUCAGCAACUAAGUCAUUCUGAAUUUCAUAUUGCUAGCUCAGCCCACUGCAGUUUCAUCACAUAACCGUCUCCAAGUGCUCUAUCCAGUUCAAUUCAAUGGUUACCCAACAUCUAUUUUUACAGCACAAUCUCCCCCUAUUUUCCCAUGCAGCCAGAUACACUUGAUUAUUUGAGAGUCAAGAAUUGUCCAUCCUUUAUAUUUGUAUUUAUUUAUUGAGCGACAGUGUGGAAUAGCCCUUCCAACCCAUUCAGCCGCACUGCCCAGCAUUCCCCCAAUUUAAUCCAAUCUUAAUCAUGGGACAAUUUACAAUGACCAAUGAACCUACCAACUUGUAGGUCUUUGGACUGUGGGAGGAAACUGGAGCAGAGGAAACCAAUGUGGUCAUAGGGAGAACACAAUCUCGUACAGGCAGCUCGUCUGUACUGUAAAGCGUUGUGCUAACCACCACACUACUAUGCCACCCUUUUAUAUCUUCAUGUUCAA